AUGUGGCCCUUGGUGUCAGUAAUUGUGGGAUCGUUGAUGACAGUGCUAGUGGUUGGGAAGGCUUUGAAUCGGACCCGAUUCGAAGAUGAAACCAACAGUUUGACCGACUUGUGGAGCCAAGUGAAGCGUGAUGUUAACCAAUCUGACCUCAUCGUUCCCACCUUAUGCAAUGCCCCAUGCGAUCGGUUGUUUCAUGCUGGGCGGCAUGGAAAUAUUAGCGAUUGUCUUUGUCGAUGCCCUGAGGAAAUGCCCAUCUUUCUACAAACAUUAGGGCAAUGUAUCCAAAGAAUCGGUAAAUUAAAUUAGGAAUCUAGAUUUUUUCAUGGAUUUCAAUCUUGUUUCUUAUUCUUAGUGUUUUACGUGUAGUGCAAAUAUUUCAGAAGCCUGUCCACGCACCAUAAAGUUCAACGACGCUCACAUCCCAGUGGUCGAAUUACCCGCCAAAUCCCAUAAACUGAGUUUUAAUCACAAAGUUCUAUGGAAAGGUGGGUGUUUUUGUCGUCUCACAAUUCCUCCAAACUUCAGAAAGCGGGGUAAAGGUAAAAACGAAUACGGGCGCCCGGUGUAACAUUACCUCAGUUGAAUAUCUUGGCCGUGAUCAAAGCUGGAUCGAACUCAAUGCGAAUAUUUUAUAUCUGGGAUGGGAGAAAGAGCCCAUUUUCAAAGUAAGUCCAAUAAGUAGUGCUUACUUUGAAUGAAAGUACUAUAAGUCGCAGUUAAUCAAGAAGCAACAAUUUAACUUUAGUGGAAUGGAAGUUUGGGAGAUAAUCUGCUGUUGGAAGGCACCAUUAUUCUCGUGAACAUGGACUGCUCCGGGAAUCUAAAGGACUCCCAUUGUCUGACAUUCAGAGUAAAUGGAGCCCUAUGUAAGUUGGUAUUACUGUACCACUAUCUUCUAACAGAUUACGGAGAUCCUUUUGGAAAAGAGCAAUCUUCUGAUAGAGGGGCGGCCUUUGUUGCCAUUACCCUUCUAGUUAUCCUCCUGAUUAUGACUCUCUCCUGUUCUGUGUUCAUCUGGAAUGUUUGUUGGAAAAUGAAGAAAAACGAGCUGAUCACUGGUCUCCAGUUACAAUUUUUGUAUCGAUUAAAACAAGAAAAGGACAUGGCCGAAGCCGCACAACAUUAUCAAGCCUUGGCCCAUGCUGCCCUUAAUAUGGAGAAACAACACGAUGAAUACAACAAGCACUUAGCGGAUAAGAGCCAGAUUACUCCAAAAAGGAAGUUGUUCUUCUCCCCUGGUAAGACCAGCAAAAAAAUCAAAUAGUUUUAGAAUUCUUUGACGAGGAACAUAUGAAAACACCACCGCCGAUGGCUGAUCAAUUUCUUCUAGAUCUGCGGAAGAUGAUUAAGAUAGCCAGACAACGGAUUCAGCAACAGAGACAUAUCCCCAGCCUAAGAACAAUACCUGAAGAACCCCCUGAAUUUUUCGAGCCUUAUAUGAAAGUGAAAAGUGCCCCUACACAAAUCGAGAAACCCCCGGAUAUAAAGCCGGCCAUUCAAGAGACUUCCCCUAAGUCCAUCGACUCCGUCCAUUCGUCCACCGACUCUUCCGACUCAGCCAAAGAAAAUAAAUUGCCUGAGGGGGAAAAAAGGAGUCCUUCGAUUCGACGAAACGAGUCCCAAAGUCGGAUCCCCAUUAACAAAUACAAGACAAAGUCCCCCAAACUGAACCCUAAAUUCAUCAUCCCAUCAACGAACUCGUCGAUUGAUCUACCUCCACCUCUUCCCCCUCGAAACCCCCCACCUCCAAUACCUGCCAAAUAUCGCCUAAAAGAAGACAUCGCCAAGAUGAGGAAGGAUAAGAAGAGUUAUGCCAUCUUUCCUUCAGAAUUAGAGUUCAAGAAAUCACUUCCCCGGAGGUCACGGAAAUUAGACAAAAGGGUUAUAUCCAACGAAUUGUAA